GAUUGAUGUUUUCCUACUAUAUAUUUUUCGUCCGUUUCAUCCAUUGUAAGUGAUAUUCUGCUAAGUGAUGGCUUGUUUAGUGGGAUCGGUGUCCAGCACACCGAUUCUUAUCAAAGAGAACUCAUGUCUAUGGUCAUUGAGGCUGCUGGCUUCACGUGCUUCAACAAGCAUAAGCAAUAACGCUGUUGAAGCGAUGGUACCAAGUGUUUUCCAACGUGGUUCCUCUAGUAUUCAAACCUUUAAGGUAAAGGCGAUGCAGAGGGAAGAAUUCAAACGGCGAUUUCCACCGCAACACCAGGAUGGUCAACCCGGAAAAGAGUACCUCAUGGAUCCUUUGCCAAUAUUCAGCAAUCCUCAUUAUCAACCCACUAACAAACUGAAAGGAAAGGUGGCUUUGGUGACAGGAGGGGAUUCGGGUAUUGGGAGGUCUGUUUGCUACUUCUUUGCUAAGGAGGGUGCAACUAUAGCAUUCACUUAUGUUAAAGGUGUUGAAGACAUAGAUGCAAAGUACACCUUAGAGAUGAUAAAUGAUUCAAAAAUGAGUUACGCAGGUGAUCCAAUUGCAAUACCUGCUGAUCUUAGGUAUGAUAAGCAAUGUAAGAAAGUUGUAGACGAGGUUGUUUCAAAAUAUGGACGCAUUGAUGUACUGGUGAACAAUGCAGCCGUGCAGUACGCAACAUAUACAUUAGACAAUAUCACGGAAGAGAGGCUUGAAAGGAUAUUUAGGACUAAUAUAUUCUCCUAUUUCUUCAUGACAAGGCAUGCUAUUAAGCACAUGAAACCAGGAAGCAACAUCAUAAACACCACUUCAGUGUUGGGAUUCGCAGGCAGCGCAAAGCUCAUUGAUUAUGCUUCAACAAAGGGGGCCAUUAUGAACUUCACCAAGAGUCUAGCAAUAUUCCUUAUCGACAAGGGGAUUCGUGUUAAUGGUGUGGCCCCUGGCCCUAUCUGGACCCCACUUACUGCAACUCUCGAUGACGAGGAUAUAGCAACUUUUGGGUCACAGGCACCGAUGAAUAGGGCAGCUCAACCCGUUGAAGUAGGUUCAUCAUAUGUGUUCCUCGCAUCCGAGGAUGCUUCCUACUAUACUGGCACAUUUCUUCAUCCCGAUGGUGGAGAACUCGACAAAAAUGCUAUUCCUAGGGUCGACAACAACAAGAAUUCUGAAAACCCAUAACAAAACUGGAUGAUGGGAGGUUCUGACAUAAAUGGAGUGAAGCAUAAUGUAGUUAGCGCAUAAUUAUGUUUUGUGUACUUGAAAAAAAUGAGGUUUUGAUG